ACAAAUGUUUGCGAACGAGUUCAAACAUGGCGGCCUCCAUUUGCCCGAGAAGUGUAACUCAUUUCCGCCGAAAAUGUUUGAUUUUUCGUCACAACAGAGGAUUUUCUAAUAGUAUGAAGCUAAGAGUGGCUGCUCACCACUAUGAGGAAGUUAAUAAUGCAUUUAAUGCAGCUUUUCAUCGUCCCAUCGUCAAGAAAUUGUCGUUUGCAAUCCGACAUGCUCGUGCCUGCAGUAACGUUUCACACGAUGUUGUUGGUAAAGGUACGCAGUUGACUCGCAAGAGGGCGGAGUUAAGUGACAAGUUGGAGGAUGGUCCUUCUCUUCAGGAUUUCAUUAUAGCAUCGAACCAAUCUGAGAGUGUCUACGAUGAAGACCUGACACAAGAACCGGUACCAUACCUUCUGAGAAAUUCAACAGAAGCAAGGAACCGAAAGGUAUAUUUUGAGACCUACGGUUGCCAGAUGAACGUGAAUGACACGGAGAUUGCCUGGGCCAUAUUGCGAGAGGAAGGUUUUCAAAAAGUGGAUGACGUCUUAAAGGCUGACGUGAUCUUGGCAGUCACUUGUGCAAUCAGGGAGAAUGCAGAGCAGAAAAUCUGGAAUCGUCUGGAGUACUUCCAAGCGCUGAAGAAACGACGGCGGAGAAACCAGCCUCCUCUGAAAGUGGGCCUCUUGGGGUGUAUGGCUGAGCGUCUGAAGAAAGAAAUCUUAGAGCGAAGCAAGAUAGUGGACAUAGUUGCCGGCCCCGAUGCUUACAGAGACCUCCCCAGGCUGCUCUCUGUGGCCCACUCCGGUCAGGCGGCCAUCAACGUCAUGCUGUCCAUGGACGAGACGUAUGCGGACGUGGUACCCGUCAGGCUGAAUCAGGAAUCCAAGUCGGCAUUCAUCUCCAUCAUGCGAGGGUGCGAUAACAUGUGCAGCUACUGCAUCGUUCCCUUCACUCGAGGCAGAGAGCGGAGCCGACCGAUAUCUUCAAUUCUAGAAGAAGUCAGGAUUCUCUCAGAUCAGGGUGUCAAGGAAGUGACGCUGCUCGGCCAGAACGUCAACAGCUACCGUGACACCUCAGAGGCGACCUACUACGGGCACGGGACAGCCCCUGAUACAGCCGACCCCUCCACCCACCUGGCCAGGGGUUUCAGCACCAUCUACAAGCCCAAGACGGGCGGCCGGCGCUUCGCCGACCUCCUCGAGAAGGUCGCCCAAGUGGACCCCGAGAUGAGGGUGAGGUUCACCUCGCCGCACCCCAAGGACUUCCCUGACGAGGUGUUGCACCUGAUCCGAGACUGCGACAACAUCUGUAAGCAGGUCCACAUGCCGGCGCAGAGCGGUAGCACGGAGGUCCUGAAGAGGAUGCGGAGAGGCUACACGAGGGAGGCAUACCUGGAUUUAGUGGCACACAUCCGGAGCACAAUUCCACAGGUAUCCCUCAGCAGUGACUUCAUCACGGGAUUCUGCGGCGAGACAGAAUCCGAACACGAAGACACCCUGUCCCUUCUACGCUUGGUCCGCUACAACUACGCCUUUCUGUUCGCCUACAGCAUGAGAAAGAAAACCCACGCCUAUCACCGGAUGCAAGACGACGUCCCUGAAGAGGUGAAGCAGAGACGAUUGCGUGAAGUCAUAGCGCUGUGCAGGGAGGGCAUGGCCGAGGCGAAUGCUGAACAACUGGGCCGGCGGCAGUUGGUUCUUAUUGAAGGGGUCAGUAAGAGGUCAGAUGAGGAUCUAGUCGGACGGAACGACGGAAACAUUAAAGUUGUUUUCCCCGACGUUAAAGUUCCCUGCAGUAUAAGCGAUAAAUCCUAUUCUACAUCACUGAAACCUGGUGACUACGUAGCAGUCCAUAUUGACAGCUGUAAUUCUCAAGUUCUGAAGGGAAGUCCCCUGUACCGCACCACCCUGAAAAAUUUCCACCGCACUGAGCAAGCGGCUGAUGCCUGGCACUCUGCAGAAGUCAACAGGUAGCCAGGGUUUCUUAUAUUGUUUUGUUGUUGUUGUUUCAUAUGAUCAUCGCACACAAAAGUAAAGAAUACAUGUGAGGCGUUUGGAAAAAACUGAGACCCAAUGAGCACAGGCUGUAGUAGAAAGAAAUGCCCCCCCCCAAAAAAAAAAACCGAAUGGAGCUGAUUUCUUUUUUCAAUUUCCAGAUUUAUUGAUAUUUUUAAUCUGUCACGUCUACUACACAUAGUUUAAAAGAAAUACUAUAAUAAUCCUGGAAUAAAAGUGUUUUUUUUUAGGAAAAACAAUUGGCAUCUUUCAUUUUCAUGAAACAGGCGAAACUUUCAAGCCAUUUUCUCAAGCUUUUACUUUUGUUCACAUGUCGAUAAAUUGCAAACUUUAACUUGCCUUAACUUGACAGGCCUUAACUUGUCAAUGGAAUGUCGGAUUGAAGCUGGCAUUGGCUGGCAUUGGCUGAUUCGCAGUUGAAAGAAGAGCGGUUAUAUAAUGCAUGCAUGCACAAGGUGCACUCUUACACGAAAGGGCAAUAUGUUUCAUGCUACAGAGAGAGUUGUUGACUGUCUACACUGGACAAACAAUGCUGAUGAUCUCCCACACGUAGGGACUGAAUUUCUCAUACAGAUUUCAAGAAAAGACGACGCAGAUUCUGAUGAUAGUCCUUUUCAUAAAAUUCAAUUCAAAAUGUAUUUAUGAAUGCCAGUGAAAAAAUGUCACGACCGCAUCGUCUCUGUAAAAACACCUGUUAAUUCUGCCGUGACCACGCCCUUUAAUUAGCCCAUCAUAAUUGUAAUGAAGGUACAUUGUACACAUUUUGAUUAAAAUUAUAAAAAAAAUAAAAUAGGAAAAUUAUGAAAUAUUUGUGUCUGAAGCUCAAUAAAAUAAAUUAUUACUUCUAUGAUGAGGUCCGCCCAUUUAUGUCAACAAACACAUCGUUGCAAACACGUCUGUUUUGUGAUUUUCAAACAAUUGUAUUUUUUUGUUUUUUAAUGUUCCAGUAACUUUACACUCGUGCACAUUUCCCAAUAUUCCUUCCAAAAGCACUGGCGUGUUCUUUAAACAUUGUCUGUUGUCCCUCUUGCUGAGAUAACUUCAAUUUCGGCUCAAGUGUCAAAUUUCUAUCAAAGCAGGCAAAAUGUGUCCUGCCCGUCAAUACAUCUCUGUCCGUUUUGUGAUUCUAGAGACAUUCAUACUGCAGGGUACGACGUAAACAUCUUAGAGUACCAAAUGUCUGGUUUCUUUUGGCAUACCAUAAAUUUUAUAGUCCUUGAAAGGCC